CCUUGCACCAUGAACACACGUUUUGAUUGAAAAGAACCCAAGAAUUGUACAGUUUUUUCAUCAAAAACUUUCUACUUUGCGCUAAACACUCUGGAAACUUAUAAUCGUAAUGGACGACGAUGGCACGCCUGAUUCAUGGGACGCAAUUGAUGAUUCUAGCCCAGAAAAUAACGAAAAUCUCUCGGCUGGUGUUCAGUCAUUGAAUGUCAACGCCAGACCUUUUAUUCCAAACGUAAAUGCGCCAGUUUUUGUCCCAUCGUUUGCGCCAAAGACAAACACAAAUGAAUCAGUAAGUGAACAUGUGGCUGAUAAAAAAGAUGAUACAAAUGAAAGAGAAAAGACGAAUGAAAAUCCAGAUAAAACUGAAGAAAAUGAUGUGUCAAAAGAGGAAGCUGGUAAUGAAGAAGAAACUGUGAAUGGUGAUAAUAUUUCUGAUGAAGCAAGAGAUGAUGCAAUAAAUGAACAAAAACCAGACCAAGAGCAGCCUGCAAUGAAGAAGACAGAUGAUUCAAAGGAGCAUGUCAACAUUGUCUUUAUUGGACACGUUGAUGCUGGUAAAUCAACAAUUGGAGGACAAGUCUUAUACUUGACAGGGCAGGUUGAUAAGAGAACUCUUGAAAAAUAUGAACGAGAAGCGAAAGAAAAAAAUCGUGAAACAUGGUAUUUAUCCUGGGCUCUGGAUACGAAUCAAGAGGAGAGAGAUAAGGGUAAAACAGUUGAAGUUGGUCGGGCACAGUUUGAAACAUCCAAGAAAAGAUUUACGUUGCUCGAUGCUCCUGGACAUAAAAGUUUCGUACCAAAUAUGAUUGGUGGAGCUGCUCAGGCAGACCUAGGAGUCUUGGUAAUUUCUGCAAGGAAAGGUGAAUUUGAAACUGGUUUUGAAAGAGGUGGACAGACAAGAGAGCAUGCAAUGUUGGCAAAGACCGCUGGUGUCAGGCAUUUGGUUAUUCUCAUAAAUAAAAUGGAUGAUCCUACAGUGCAGUGGGAACAAGCAAGAUAUGAGGAAUGCAAAGAAAAGUUAAUCCCUUUUCUCAAAAAAGUUGGCUUCAAUCCUAAAACAGACACACAUUUUAUGCCAUGCUCUGGACUAACAGGUGCUAAUAUAAAGGAAGAACUUGAUCCAAAUGUUUGUAAUUGGUUCAGUGGGAAACCAUUCUUAACCUAUAUUGAUGAGUUGCCUAAUCUACAAAGAUCAAACUCUGGUCCAGUGCGGCUGCCAGUAGCGGAGCGAUAUAGGGAAAUGGGUACAAUGAUUCUUGGAAAACUAGAGUCAGGAACAAUAUCUAAAGGACAGAGUCUAGUACUAAUGCCAAAUAAGGUUUCAGUGGAAGUCAUGACGUUAUAUUCAGAUGACUGUGAAACAACGCAAGCAUAUUGUGGCGAGAAUGUUAAAGCGAAAUUAAAAGGCAUAGAGGAGGAAGAUAUAUCGCCAGGUUUUGUAUUAUGUGACCCUUCAUCGCUUUGUCAUACCGUUAAAACAUUUAACGCACAGGUUGUUAUUCUGGAACAUAAAUCUAUAAUUUGUCCUGGAUACAGUUGUGUUCUACAUGUUCAUAAUGUCGUAGAAGAAGUCACGUUACUGGGUAUAAUAGCGCUGAUAGACAAGAAAACGGGCAAGAAAAGUCAAACACAUCCAAGAUUUGUGAAGCAGGAUCAGAUAUGUGUAGCUAAAUUUCAGACAGCAGGGAUUGUGUGUAUAGAGACGUUUGCAGCAUUCCCUCAAAUGGGAAGAUUUACUCUUCGAGACGAAGGAAAAACCGUUGCAAUUGGGAAAGUCUUAAAGUUGAAGGAAUAGAAUUUGGGGAGUCCUUCAUCCUAUUACAGAACGAUAUAUGCAAAAAAAAUAUGAAACUAGAUGGGAUGAUUUGACACAGAAAAGGACCCUAAAAGACAGUAAUAUUUAUAGUCAGAGAUCAGAACUAUAAUAUUUGUAUUCUUCGUUUUCAUGCAGCCGAAGCCAAAAAGGUCUCAGGAGACCGAAUCAUUUAAACCAAAUCUAAUUUUGAAGCAAUUUGAGCUGGUUGAAAUGAAUUGACUUUCUUAAUCGUUUCUCGUGAUAAACUACUGUAGUUAGUAUAACAUGAAAACAAAAAGAUUUGAUAAAACUACGCUACCCUGUUUGGCUUCGGCUGAGAAAAUGUCGCAAGGUGAUUAGAAAUGAUAAGAAAGGAAGGAAGCCAUUUGAAAGAGCCGAUAUAAUUGAAUUGAGUUGGUUGUCAUCAGUUUCUCUUUGUGAUUACAAGGAUGUUGAUUUGGGUUACCUCUUUACGCGAUGUAAAUCUUAUAUUGAAAAAAAAACGUUGCGUUAGUAUUUCCAUCACUCC